UGUGUAAUGGCGGCCUCGGUGUUGCUGGGGUCUGCGGACAACACCGGACUCAACUUCACGGUUGGAGGUGGCAGCAGCGGCGGCGGCACGGGAAAUGUUUUAGUCGGGAAUAAUAACGGACUGGGACCGGCGGGGCCGGCGCCCUGGAACCGUUCUCUAGACCGUGCGUUGGACGAAGCCUCGGCCACCGGGUGCCUGAACCUCAGCGGCAGGAAGCUGAAGGAGUUUCCCCGGAGCGCCGCCAACCACGAUCUGACGGAUACCACCAGGGCCGACCUGUCUCGUAACCGUCUGUCGGAGCUUCCUCUGGAGGUUUGUCUCUUUGUAUCUCUGGAGAGUCUGAACCUUUACCAGAACUGUCUGAGGUCUCUGCCAGACAGUCUGCUCAACCUGCAGGCCCUCACCUACCUGAACCUCAGUCGGAACCAGCUGUCUGUCCUCCCCGUAGUCGUCUGCAGUCUUCCUCUGAAGGUUUUGAUCGCCUGCAACAACAAACUGGUUUCUCUGCCAGAAGAACUGGGACAGCUGAGACACCUCACUGAACUGGAUGUAAGCUGUAAUGAGAUCCAGACUCUACCGUCUCAGAUGGGUCAGCUGGAGGCUCUACGAGACCUGAACAUCAGGAGGAACCACCUCGUCAGACUGCCUCCAGAGCUGGCUGACCUCCCUCUGGUGCGUCUGGAUUUCUCGUGUAACAAAGUGACCUCCAUCCCCGUCUGUUACCGACAACUGACGCAGCUACAGACCAUCGUCCUCGACAACAACCCCCUGCAGACCCCGCCUGCACAGAUCUGUAUUAAAGGGAAGAUCCACAUAUUUAAGUACCUGAACCUGGAGGCCAGUAAGACCACCCCUGACCUCCCAGACUACGACAGACGACCUUUGACCUUCAGCUCCUGUGUUGAUGAGCUGUACCCCGGGCGUCCGUACGGAGCGCUUGAUUCUGGUUUCAAUAGUGUCGACAGCGGGGACAAGAGAUGGUCGGGGAACGAGCCCGCAGAGGAGCUGUCAGAGCUGCCACUGAGAGUGGCCGAGAUCAGCAGAGAUCAGAGACCACGAGGAGGAGGAGGAGGAGGAGGAGGAGGAGGAGGAGGAGCAGGAGGAGGAGGAGGAGCAGGAGCAGGAGCAGGAGCAGGAGCAGGAGGACCUCUGCUGGCUAACGGAACACACGUGGAGUUGGAGCAGAUAGACUUCAUAGACAGCUGUGUGGGAGAGGAGGAGGAGGAGGAGGGGAGGAGUCGAGGACGAGGAGGCAGAGGAGGAGGGGCGGCUGACGGUACCAGCUUGAGCUCUCAGUUCAUGGCCUACAUCGAGAGACGCAUCACCAGAGAGGGUUCUCCAGUAAAAACUAGCUCAGCCAGGACAGAAGACAUGAGGAGACACAACAGGAGUGUUGUUGAUGGUGCCACAGCGCCCUCUAGCUCCCAGAGCCAGAGAGGUGCUGGUGGUUCUGGGGGGGUGGAGAGGAUGAGGAGGGAGGCUCAGCUCGCUGCUCUGAGGUACGACGAGGAGAGACAGAAGAAUCGAUCCCUGCAGAGAGACUCUGUCACCAGCUACACCAAGCAUAAAGCAGCUCAGAGUCCAACAAAGUCCAGUCCAGACAGUGAGAACAUCUACCCCUCCAGACGCUCCACCCACACAGACGACUCCGCCCUCUUCAUGGGAGAGGACAGAGCUGCUCUGUCUCCUACAGCCAAUCAGUCGCCUUCUUACCCCAGCUCAGGGGGCGUGGCUUCAUGUCGGACAGCCAGUCUGAGACCAGAGAGCUUUCUGUUUCGUCUCGGUCAGAAGGAAGAGAAGAGGAAAGGUGAUGCUGCUGCUGCUCCUCAGAACCAGGAGGGGGCUCCUGUCGCUCCUCCUCUGGUUGGAGAAGAUGCCGAACUGGUGGAGCAGCUCAGAAAGAAUAUAGAGGCCCGUCUAAAAGUGUCGUUGCCUAGCGACCUGGGAGCAGCUCUGACAGACGGGGUGGUGCUCUGUCACUUGGCCAAUCACGUGAGACCACGAUCCGUCCCCAGCAUCCACGUCCCCUCCCCCGCCGUGCCUAAACUCACCAUGGCCAAAUGUCGACGAAACGUUGAGAACUUCCUGGAGGCGUGUCGCAGGAUCGGAGUUCCACAGAAUCAGUUGUGUCUCCCUCUGCACAUUCUGGAGGAGCGAGGGCUCCCCCAGGUGGCCGGGACCGUCGGCGCCCUGCUCGACCUGGCCCCGCCCAGACAUCCCGUCGCCACGACGACAACCACACCCGGACCUUCCGUCAACAUCUAGGCAACAGGGCACCACCGCACGCGCUCAGUCCACCUCCUGUAACGCUCUUGUUAGAGAGGUGAAAACCUCCAGGACGCAGGUCUGGAUCUGAUGGGGGCACAGCUGAAGAUACAGUGACGGCAGCUCUUUGAAUAAGUGAGGUGGCUGUUAGAGCGUCUGUAGCUUUAGAAGCCCCCUGUUGAAGUGGCUGGAGUGUGAAAGUUAAAUAUAUUAAAUAUAUGCACAGAGAGCAGGAUUCAGACCUGCUGCUCUCAGCAGGAAGCGGUUUGGCAUGUAAUUAGUGUUAAUUUAAACAUUUAGUGUAUUAAUAUUCAAACGUCUCCCUCAUUCUUUAUAGGGAAGCUUAAUAUUUUAUUUGCAGAAGGAAAAAUAGAAAAAAAAAAUCUUUGACACAAACCUAGAGAUAAAAGAAAUAUUUAAUCCAGGGACAAGACUCAAUCCAAAAAAAGUCUAUUUUUCAUGGUCAUCGGAUCUGAUAACAGAUCUCAGAACAGUUUUAGAUCUUUGGGUAGAAGAAUUAUUCAGUGACUUUCAGCGUGAUGGAUCCAUGUCCUUUUGAUAUUAGGCUGACUUGGCUAACUGCUAGCGUUAGCGAACUUCAUGGGUCCGGUUGGUUUGAAAUUUAACCGACUGACCGGUGAUGUCAGACCUUAUUUUAACUUUACUGUUUUUGUUUGUACAUUUUGAUUGGUUGAACUGCCAGUCAGUUUUAACACUGUUACAGGAAUUAUUGACAUUGAUUUUAUUUAUUUAUAGAUCCACUAAACAUGCUGAAUCCACUGGAUCACAUGUCGAAGAAAGUACACUUGAGAAACAAAGCAUCUAAAUUCAGCUGUGAAAUCUUUCACUGAAAAAACAAACCAAAGAAUGUAAACAAAGGAAAACAUGUAUUAACGUGCCUCCAUGAUGAGACCUGACCCAGCAGGUUUGGAAACUAUGCUAGUGUAGUUAAAUGCUAAUCCUUAACAUUGCCAAAAGUUUAGCGUGAGAAUUCGCGCUUGAAUCCCUGUUUUGUUUCGUUUUUUUGUUUGUUUGUUUGUUUUUGUCAAAUUGAUAGUGUUGGUUUAGCUACAGCAAUGCUAAUUGCUAACAGUAGCUAUCAUAAAUGUAGAGCUACCUUUUUUUAGGACACUAAUGUAGCUUGUUGCUUGUGGUAGCCGUUACUGAUGUAGUUGGCAACAAUGCUAACAUUGCUCACAGCUAAUAUUAGCUAAUGUUGUGAAUAACAAGUAGUGUAAGAUAGCACAAGCAGCUGUAAACAUUAACUGAUAUUAAACACUCGAUUUGGGUUUGAAGCUAAUAUAACUCCAUGCUAGCACAUGCUAAAAUGAGUAAAGUUAGUUUCCAGAUUAUAAUAAUGGGGAAGAUGGUGACAGUAGCUGAUGCUAAUUUUAACUAAAAUUAUAAACCCAGUAGGUUCUGAGGUUACGAUAACAUAACUAGCUGUAAAGUUAAACAUAAUAGAUAAUAUUACACUACUAUGAGUCGAAGCUACUGUAGUUCACUAAUGUUAGCUAACGUGUUGCUGUUAUCAGUCGGAUCUUCAGUUUUUAGUGUCUCCAUCAGAUCCAAACAUCAGCAGUUCUUCAUCUUUCUUCUGUUCUGGUUCAAAAUCAGUUUGAGUGUCAACAGUGGACGUGAUGUGAUGAAGAGCUCUGCCUCAGAGGACGUCUUCAGUCCCACGGUUAACAAAUCUCUGUACACAGGAUUGUUUUUCUUUGCACCCCGACAUUAAUUUUAUUCUGGUUUUGUUCUUCUGACUGUCGGAGCUCUGAUGGAGGCUUGUGGUUGAACCGAGGUUACCUGGCUGCUGUUUUGGGCUCCUUCGUCACCUGAUUGAUCCUCCGCAUGUGUUCAGGACCUUCAUCACGUUAAUCUGCUGCACUGAUGCAGCCUCGAUAACACGUUAGAUCAGUCUGAAUGUGUGCUGCAGAGUUAGCGGGUUCCUGGUGGUCCAGACCACAAAUAGGUGGACCUCAGUGUCCUUCUGGUUUUGGGACCGUUUCAGACCAGGGCCUGACCACCUCUCUCAUGAUCCAGUCUGAGAGCUCGUAAGAUGUUCAUUAGAUAUGAAGCCUUCACGUGCUGCACAAAACUCUAUUGACUUUUUGGCCUUUUCUAGUAAUAAUCAGAAUAUUGAUAAUUUAGUAAAUGAACACAGUCACAGCUCAGUGCAGCACUCAAACUGAACAGAUGAAACUAAACCUGAGCACGAAACACAUCAAUGAAAAGUCCGUCAGUGAAUUUCUUUGUUUUUAACGUUAAUCCACAUCUGUGAGUGUGUUAGCGUUAGCAGACCGCUGCUCUUUGACCAAAUCAUCCGAAGCAAACACGAGACACUGAAACAGAUUUCAUUCUUUGAAUCAUUGAGGAAAUAUUCAGAGCUGAGAAUCUGUGCUGAACAACCGCUUCAGACACCGUGAGGUUCAUUCACGUAGUUACUCAUGAACACAUCACAGAUGGUGACACUCGUCCAGUAAAUUCAAGAAAAUAAAAGAUAAAUAUGCAGCUGAACCGUGAAGUCCUGCUUCAGUCUCUGCUCCACAUUAGCUGUCCUGCUAAAGUGUCCGUCUCUGAGUGACGAACAGGACCAGGUCUUGAGUUUGUUGAGGGAUCCACCAAACAACCACUCAGCAGGGAAAAGGGCACAGCCAACCUCGGUUAGCAGGCUAGUCAGCUAAUUAGCUUCAGAGCUGCAGAUCAUUACACAACACGUAAAGAUCAAGUCCAGUUAGACGCUGGUGUGGUUCUGACUUUUCAACACUACCAACAACACCCAGUAUGUUUGUGACGCAGCUACAGCUACACAGUGUUAGCCUGCUCCCUCAUUUCUUACAGUGUAACGCCGGCUCUCCCUCGCUCUCUCAUUUCUUGCAGUGUGACAUUGGCCAGCUGCUUCCUCUCCGUAAUAAAAACUAUGAGCAGUGUGUGUAGAAGCAUGUUGACCUGAUUUUAAGGGACGAUAUUUAAGUUGGACUUCAAAGGAAGCAUCAUUUAUUCCUUCUCAUUCAAGUCCACAGACAUCAGUGUGUGUCUGUGCUCAGGUCUCCUGCAGACGGAGAACGAAGGUCCUGAUGUGAUCGCAGGAGGACGAUCAGGUGACGAGCUCCCGAAGCCGUCUCCUCGCCCUCCUAGUGUUUCUGUUGCAUUCUGGGACAUUUUUAUGAUGACGUGAAUCUGCCUGAUCUGACACUAAACCCUGCGUGUGGCCUGCAGGAUGAUCCUGCGCUGCAGUCACACUUUCACUUUUUAUCUUUAUUAAAAGUACGUGUACAAAUGUAUUCUGUAAAUAUAUACAUAUAUAUAUGAGGCUGAAAUGUUUGUUUCGCUAUGACAACACAUCGAGCGUCAUGGACGCUCAGACAGGCACAGUCCCUAAUCAAAGGUCAAAGGACGUCGUGGUGGGCGGAGCCUCUUUCUCGGUCGUCCACCCAGAAAUGUAUCAUGAGUCACGGUGACACUGCAGUGGAGUUUAUCCGACUAGUUCGUCCAGCGACACAAACCCCAGAAAUGUCCUCCUGUGUGUUUAAACAGUUUGUUUGGACUCCACUCACAGGACAGGAGACAAGUUUUAAUGUCAGAUUUUAUUUUUCCACGUGUUAACGAGGGCUCAUGCUGCAUUCGGGUGACGUGGGACAUGAGGACGUUGUAGUCACCUGACUGAAGGACUGAUGCUGAGAGUCAACGUGGCCGCUGACGUUGCUGACACUAAGCUCAUAAUGUACUGCGAGAAAAUAGUUUGAUUUCAGGUGUGUUGAUCAUUCCCAGAGUCCCGCCCCCAUUAUGCUCCACCAAUCAGAGACUGAAGAUGGUCUCCACACUCUGUGGGUGUUUGGAGACUCACCUGUCACCUGUGUGGCAUUUCAGAACAUCAUCAGUGUGAGUCUUGAACUUGAUUCAGCUUUUUUUUGGGGGGGGUGGGGGGUGGGGUGGGCCAAACAGUCCUCCAGGUUGCUGUGAUUGACAGUUGUGCUGUCCAAUCCUGAGCAAACGCUUUGAGUCUGUACAGAUGUUUUAUGUUUUUCCUCUUUGUCUUUUUCUCCUGCGGUGGUGACAGAUCAUGUGAUGGGGGGGUCAUGUGGGAGUGUGGUUUUAAAGGACAUUCCACCGUUUCUUCAUGGAGGACAAACAGACUGCCUCACUGUUUUUAACUUUUACAUUUUUUCACUUUUAUUUUUGUGUUGACAAACUGUAUAAAAGAUUUGAACACAGCUGUAAGAAAAGUUGAGUUAAGUUUAAGUGCAUUAAAUAAAUAUUUUAAUUUGA